ACAGACUGAAAGCUAAAUAUACUUGCUGAUAAGUAUUAAAAUGAUGGAGGAAGGGAUUGACCACUCGUGCUCUUAGGAGUUUACCUGCAGGAAGGUGAGAGCACUGUGUGCGGAACACACACCGGCUCCUCCCUUUCACUCUCUGUUCUCCCUCCCCCAACCGAUAACAUGGAUCAUCGCAGUCCACCUGCGCUUUUAAUUCAAGGUUAAUAUAUUUAUUCUAACGUGAUCUGUGUAGGGUCUCUAAAAUUUGCAGUCUGUUUUAAAAGUCAACAAGGAGUUUCGAUGAAACCAUUAAGUGAACAAUGUAGCGAGCAUCAGAAGAAAAGCGCUGGGGAGAUGCAGAGUGAGGAGACGAGAACAGCAGCACCUGGAGCCGGUGUGACUGUGAACGCUUCUACGAGAGAGAGUCCAGGACAGCAGAAUGGGAUUGUGUCUUCUCCUGAUGUCUCCAGGCCCGUAUCCCAGACUCAAACUGAGCACCAGCCUCCAUCCUCUACACCAGCUGCUCCUGCUCAGCCUCCCAGAGAACAGUGGGGCGGCAAAUAUGAAUUUCUGCUCUCCUGUAUUGGCUACUGUGUGGGCCUGGGAAAUGUCUGGAGGUUCCCCUACCUCUGCUACCGAAACGGAGGAGGUGUGUUUCUCAUCCCGUACUUCAUCAUGCUCUUCUUCACUGGAAUGCCGCUCUUCCUCAUGGAGCUCAGCCUGGGCCAGUAUGGAGCCGCAGGUCCCAUCACCGUCUGGAAGUGCUGUCCCCUCCUCAAAGGGAUUGGAAUAGGGAUGCUAUGUGUGUCCAUUCUUGUGUGUCUCUAUUAUAAUGUGAUUAUCGCUUGGACGUUCUACUACCUGGGCAGUUCUUUCCAGAGCCCUCUGCCCUGGUCAUGUGAUGCUCUUCAUAACAUUCCCCUUUGUCGAAACAAAACUAAUAUCACCCAAAGUCCCUCUGAGGUCUUCUGGAACGAGAAGGUUCUGGGAGUAGUGAACAGCAAAGGGCUGCAUGAUCCCGGUCCAGUGCGUUGGCCUCUAGCUCUGUGCUUGCUGGCUGCCUGGGUCGUCAUUUUCCUUUGCAUGCUCAAGGGUAUUCGCAGCUCUGGCAAGGUGGUGUAUGUGACUGCUACCUUCCCCUAUUUUGUGCUGGUGGUCCUCAUCAUCAGAGGGGCCACCCUUGAGGGCUCUUUAAACGGUGUCGCCUUCUACCUCACUCCAAACUGGGCCCAUUUGGCGAAUGCACAGGUUUGGAAUGAUGCUGCAUCGCAGAUCUUUUAUUCUUUGGGUAUUGGGGUUGGUGGACUUCUGUCAAUGGCGUCUUACAAUAAAUUUGACAAUAAUGUCAUCAGGGAUACUAUAAUCAUUACCAUAGGGAACUGCGGGACUAGCUUUUUUGCAGGCUUUGCCAUUUUCUCUAUCCUGGGACAUAUGGCUUGGAGGAAGGGCGUGCCUGUGGGUCAGGUGGCAGACUCAGGUCCUGGUCUGGCAUUUGUUGCCUACCCAGAAGCCCUGGCUCUUCUCCCAGGAUCAGUGUUUUGGUCCAUUCUGUUUUUUCUCAUGCUCUUUAUGCUGGGAGUGGAUACACUGUUUGGUAACAUGGAGGGGAUCUGUACAGCUGUGCUGGAUGAGUUUCCUCAGCUCAGAUCCAAUCUGAAGCACAAGACGCUGUUCCUGGCACUGCUCUGUUUCUCCUUCUAUCUCAUGGGCCUGCUACUCAUCACUGAUGGUGGGAUAUACUGGUUCACGCUUAUAGACUCCUUCAGCACAAGCUUUGGUCUCAUCAUCAUUACUCUCUUCAUGUGUAUUGGCAUCUCAUUCUUUUAUGGGGUGAACCAGUUCUGUCAGGACAUUGUGGACAUGAUCUGUCGCUGUCCUCCCUGGUGCACAAAACUGCUAUUGUACUUCAAAGCCUGCUGGCUGGUUUUCACCCCCUUCCUGUUAACGUUCAUCCUGACCUACAUCUUCAUCGAGAUGUACCGUACGUCUCUGCGCUACGGCACCUAUGUGUUCCCGACCUGGGGCAAAGCGUUGGGCGUCUGUAUGGGUGCCUUCUGCUGUCUGCAGAUUCUCAUCUGGGCCAUAGUGGCCAUCAGUAAAGAGUCUGGCACUCUUAAAGAUCGCUUCCAGAAAUCCAUCCGUCCUCUCAAUUCCUGGCGCGUUAACAACAUAAACACAACAUCUCAGGAGCAGAAUGUGGAGCCUCAGCGAGUUGAGGGACCCUUCACGGUUAACCUGACUGAAGCGGACUUCACCGCCAUGAACUGGGAGGCCAUAAGCGAGGCAUAACACUGCCCCAAGUGUUGGGAGGUUACAACUGCGGGACAUCUCAAAAGGACAAGUACUGUAUGGUGAGGACUUCUGUUUGGAGAAUCAUGCACACUUUCUCACCAGGCAAGCUGGAUUGAAAUGAACAUUUAAAUGAUCGUAUAAAAACAUUUAUUUCCGUUUGUUGUUUGGCAUAGUAACGGGCAUAAUGCAAAAACCAGAGAAACGCAAAGGACUUUAUGGAUUCUUUGGCUGAAUUCAUGAUGUCUUAAGGAUUCCAUUUCAUGCUGUUCAUCAUGUUCAUGUUCAAGUCUUUUCAUCAAAGAGUGUAUAGGCUUAUUUUAAAAAGUAACAGAUCUAGUAACAUGAUCUGUUUUUUUAUUCACAAGAGCCAGGUCAAACCAAAUCAGGUCAAUGUCUAUAGGUGAGAUUGUUUAACAAAACAGAACUUAUUUGACAUGGUAACCGUUCACACAAAUAACUGUAGUACUAGAUACCUUGGAAAGCCUCUUUAGACUGAUUAAGUAUGCUGUAUAAAACAUACACUUUUCAUAACUUUUUUUGAAAUGCCACAAAUCCAGCAAAUAAAAUCAAAAUGGUUCCAUGAA